AGACGCCCGGCCGUUGCGCAUGCGCACAGCGGAAUAUCCAUGCGGGCAAGAGCAGCAGGCAGUUUUCGACACUGGGCCGCCUUUUAACUUGGCACACGCCGAGGGAUGGCGGACACUAGGGAACGCAUCGCCGACGUAAUGGAGGCGAAAAGCAAGGAGGAGGUGAAAUGUGACGACCAGAAAGCUGUGUGUCUACUCGUGCUCGGCAUGGCCGGAUCCGGAAAGACCACCUUCGUUCAGAGAUUGACGGCUCACCUUCACGCUCUCGGACAGCCCCCGUACCUCAUCAACCUGGACCCCGCCGUACACGACAUCCCCUUCCCCGCAAACAUUGAUGUCCGGGACACUGUCAACUACAAAGAAGUGAUGAAGCAGUACGGCCUGGGACCCAAUGGCGCCAUCGUCACUUCGCUCAACCUCUUCGCCACUCGCUUUGAUCAGGUGAUGCACUUCUUGGAGAAGAAACAGCACAAUCACAGGUACGUCCUCAUCGACACGCCAGGUCAGAUCGAAGUGUUCACGUGGUCGGCGUCUGGCGGCAUCAUCACAGAAGCCCUGGCGUCAUCCUUCCCCUGCGUGGCGGUCUACGUGGUGGACACGUCUCGCAGCGUCAAUCCUGUUACCUUCAUGUCCAACAUGCUGUACGCCUGCAGUAUCCUCUACAAGACCAAACUGCCCUUCGUCGUGGUGAUGAAUAAAACGGACAUCAUCGAGGAAAGCUUCGCGGUGGAGUGGAUGAACGACUUUGAAGCUUUCCAGGAUGCCCUGAACCAUGAGCGCUCUUACGUCAGCAACCUGACCCGAUCCAUGAGUCUGGUGCUGGAUGAGUUUUACUCCGACCUGAGGGUGGUGGGUGUGUCCUCAGUGACAGGCCGCGGAUUGGACGAGCUGCUGGUCAAGUUGCAGGAUGCUGCAGAUGAGUACCAUAGGGAUUAUCAACCAGAAUACCAACGACUACGCCGGCAACUGGCGGAGGCUGAAAGUAGAAAGCAGAAAGAGCAGUUGGAGCGACUGGGCGAGGAUCUCGGUGCCGUCCGCGUGACACCACCUUCCGUCGCAGAAAGAGUUGAGGAGGGCGGGCCCAGCGACCUGAUCAUGACCCGUGGCACCCCGGACUCAGACGAGGAGAACGAGGACGACACGGACGACGUAGACCACGAAAAAACUGAGGAGAGCAAAGAAAAGGCCGCCUUUGGAAACUUCCUGCGCGAGCGUCGUCAGGUGGUCCAGGUCCGAAAUCGCAAGUGUGACUUGCCAUAAUUUCCUUCACGUCAACGAGCAACUCCUCCUCCCUCAUCUUUUCCUUGUUUUUGUAACCCCGUUUGGAUAUUAUAUUCUCGUCGGUGGGCGAUGAGCACAUGAGCCUCAGUUGCAGGAAAUGCAAUCUGUUGUCACAUAACGCUCCCUGACACCAGCGAUGUUUCAAGCGACCGAGCGGGGGACUAAGUGCUCGAUCCUCACGGUCUGGCCAAUUAGCAGAGUUUUAUUCCUGAAAGGUGUUCUUCGUUUUUUUUACGUUGCUGAUCCAAACAUACGGUGCUUUGAAUAUGAUGGACAUCGUCAGGGGUGUCCACUGCAACUCACCAAUAGGCAAGUUGCAUUUGCAAAGCAAGGAUAGCCACCUUCUCAGAACAGCAUGUAAAGCCUGCCUUUUUUUUUUUUUUUUUAAAAAAGCUCAGUUAACCUGCCCUCUAGCACCUACAGAGUCCUCCGCGAUCAGGCAAGCACUGUCAUUCUCACCGAUAUCCGGACCGUCAGCCCUCUGGAUUACAACACGGACUCUGCGCGGCACCUUCCGAAAGACCUGUGGAGAGAUCCACCCAUUGUAAUUUUUCCAAAUGGCAAUUCCUUGUUGCGGCUUACUGCACUACAGGUUUUUUUUUUUUUACCCCCUUCCCCCCAAAUUUACUUAGGAGCAUCAUCUCCGUACAAGUAUUUUCUUCUCUGAACUAAAGUCAUAAAAAUUUCUUCCAAAUAUUGUCUUGUACAUAUUUGUCCUGAAGUGUGCAAAGAGAGAUCCCACUUUCUGGUUGAUGACUGCUAUUUUGAUUGGGAAAAUGUAUGCCCUGGGUUCUUCAAUUCAUGCAACAAAUUAAACAAGUCUUUGUAAUGCCUGAACCAGACUGCACAAUUUUUGGGUAGUUCCCAAUGAGCGAUGUGUCACAUUACACGACACUAAUGAUGUCGCAUUUGCCACAUGUGUAUAUAUAUUUUGUCUGGUUCAAAAUUGACCCGUUUUCAAAUGUGGGUGUCCAAAAAUUGGUGGAUUGUUUUAUCAUCUCAAAACUUGAAAAUUGGUCAAUCUUGACUCAAAAACUGCAAUAGUAAUUUCGGGCCGAGUCAGAUCAAAUUUGAUGCGCCAGCAAAAAUUGGGCAAAUUUCUAACACAAUAAAAAUGAUGCGUGUGUGU